AUGAACUCUUUCUUUACCGUUAACAAUCACGUCUCUAUAUCCCUCCUGAGCGUUACCGUAACCCCAAGCACUUUCCUCGCAGCCUUGAUCUUCUGCCUCGUCUUCAUCUCCAUCUACAUUUCCCUCUACCUCGCCCCCAUCUCCGCGGCAACCUCUGCGGUCACCGCCCCCUUCCGCCGUGUCCUUGCCGUUGUGCGACCCAAGGCCUCGGCCGCCCCCGCUGCUGCCAUCGCCGACAGAGCAACCGCCCUGGUCGACGACCCGGCAACCAUCCCCUUGCGUCUCCACCCUUCCGACCAACAGCUUCUCAUUGCCUCCCACCGGCCUCUGCCUGCCUUGCCCUCCGACGCUUACUCGGAGGACCUCGAGGUAUCCAACCCAGACACCGCUCUUGUGCUGCGCACCCCGCGCCGCUCUCGCAAUAAGGUCGCCGAGAGCGUCGCUUCCCACGAUCUACCAAGGAGCGCCGACGCCGGAUAG